AUGACCUGCCUUCUCCUGGAGCUUCCAAUCUAUGUGUUCCAAUAUACUGUAGUAAAGGUCAAUGUGACUGUGGACUACAUUAGACCAGCCAGCCCAGCCACAGAGACGGUGCCUGCCUUUUCAGAGCGGACAUGUGCCACUGUCACCAUUGGAGGAAUAAACAUUGCUGAGGCCCUUGUCAGCAAAGGUCUGGCCACGGUGAUCAGAUACCGGCAGGAUGACGAUCAGCGGUCCUCUCACUAUGACGAGCUGCUUGCUGCAGAGGCCAGAGCUAUUAAGAAUGGCAAAGGAUUGCACAGCAAGAAGGAAGUGCCUAUCCACCGUGUCGCAGACAUAUCUGGGGAUACCCAAAAAGCAAAGCAGUUUCUGCCCUUCCUUCAGCGGGCAGGUCGUUCUGAAGCUGUGGUGGAAUAUGUCUUCAGUGGUUCUCGUCUCAAGCUAUAUUUGCCAAAGGAAACUUGCCUUAUCACCUUCUUGCUUGCAGGCAUCGAAUGCCCCAGAGGAGCCCGGAACCUCCCAGGCUUGGUGCAGGAAGGAGAGCCUUUCAGUGAGGAAGCAACACUUUUCACCAAGGAGCUGGUGCUGCAGCGAGAGGCUUUUCGUUGUAUUACAGACAGGCCACAGAGAUCACAGGCCCUCCAGGUCAUAGCAAGCAAGGAUCCAGUCUGCCCAUGUGACAGCAGAGUGAACACGCAACAGCCCUCGCCCACUGGCACUGCUGAGCAUGAAGACUAG